UUCUGACAGGAGAAAAAAAAAUGAGAUCGAUUUUGUUUUAUGUUAAAGUUUUUGUGUGAAAAAUGUUAAAAUUGAGGGUUUUUCCUCUGUGAAAAAGUCAUUUUUGAGCAUCGUGGUGAUUCAAGAGACAGCGGAGAGUUGUGAAAAUGAGAUGGAGUGCAUGUUUUCAGGUGAUUUUCCUCAUUAUUGUUCUUUUCACCGUAGCAGGAACGGCCAAUUUGGGCGAUCCCUACAAAAUUCUGGGUGUCGGACGACAUGCCACCCUGCAGGAGAUUCGAAGGGCUUACAAGCAGCUGGCCAAGGAGUGGCAUCCGGACAAGUCGAAUGAUCCGGAAGCAGAGAAGAAGUUUGUGGAGAUAAAGCAGGCGUACGAGCUACUGGCUGACACGGAACGACGGAAAGCCUACGAUCUGCAUGGGAUAACCAAUGAGGAUGCAGCCAUGUUCAGGGAGUCCCACGACUAUACGCAAUAUGGGAGAUUCUCUCCGGAUCCAUUUGAGGAAUUCUUCGGGCAUCGCUUCCACUUUGACCAGGACAUCAGUCUCUUUCACAAGCUCUCCAUCACGACAAAGUACUUUGAAACAAAUAUCCUCCCUAAAAGCCUCACGACUCCGCAUUUACUAAUGUUCUACUCGGAUUGGUGUUUCGCGUGCAUGAAAGCCGCGGGUGCCUUCAAGAAGCUCAUCGACGUCCUUGAGCCCCUUGGGACGAGUUUUGCCACCAUCAAUUCGGGGCAUGAGAAUGGUUUGGUCCGGAAACUCAAUGUUCAUUCCAUACCCUGCAUCGUUCUCAUUCUCGACGGGAAGUUCUACGUGUACAAGGAGAGUAUCUUCAGUGUUCAGCGAAUUGUGGAAUUUCUGCGUCACAAAUUACCGUAUAAGCUCGUGCCCACGGUCAAGGAUGACAAUGUUCAUGGUUUCCUCAGUGGUUGGAAUGAUAAUCGUGUCCGGGCUCUUGUAAUGGAGCCACGUGCCCAGCCACGUCUUCGAUACCUCCUGUCUGCUUUCCAUUUCCGCUUCAGGGUGGCCUUUGCCUUUGUGGAGCUCAACUCCCCCAGCAGUGAGGGAAUCAAGGAGCGCUACAAAGUCCACCCGAAUCUCGAUACAGUUCUCAUUUUCAAUGAAGACUCCACACGACCCGUGGCCAGCGUCUCAAUGGCCGAUAUUCCCUUGCAAACGCUCAAUAAUGUCAUCUCAGCUAAUCAAUAUCUCGCCCUGCCACGUCUCUCUUCCCAAGGGAUGCUCGAAGGGGUUUGUCCGACAGAAUGGAAUCGUCCCCGGAAGCGCCUCUGUGUCAUUCUUGUAACAGAAAACACCAACAGUCACGACAAUGCACGACAAUCCUUGCGGAGGAUUGCUUUGGAAUCAUCCUACAAUCCCGAGAGGGUUCGUUUUGCGUACAUUUACAAGGAGAAACAAUCGGAAUUUAUUAAUGCCUUAGUCCGGAAGGAUGAUCAGGAAACUCUCCUGAGGGUGGUUAUUAUCUGGCGCAGAGACACAAAGCACAUCAAAUACGAAUGGGUGGAUGAGGCACGUCUGCAUAUUCAUCAAAUGGACAAUGAUUCCGCUGAUCCCAACUACAAUCACACCAAACAAAAAUUGGAUGACACCAUUCAGCGACUUCUUCGUGCAUCCGAAGCUCUGAGCUAUGAGGCAGAAGUGAAGGAUCUCCUCGAUGAACAUGCUCAGGGUCUUGUAUCGCGAAUUUUCAACAAGAUUUUCCUAACAAUGGAAUAUUUAGCUGAUAAUCUAGGGCGAGAACAUAUUCUGCCGGCAAUUUCGGUACUCGGAACAGUUGGAUUCAUUCUCGGUGUGGGCUAUUUGAUGGCUUACCUGGUGCGACAGGAGGAGGAGAACAUUAAGAAGCAGCAAAAGAGUAAUUCGGUGAAUAAUAACAAUGGGAAUGCAAAGAGUCAGAGCACGUACGUUCCGGAACUUCGACUACAUGAACUUAGGGCUGAAAAGUACAAUGGAUUGGUGAGAUUGCUAAAACCAGGCUGUCGUACAAUUGUCCUCGUGACGGAUCUUCAGUCAAGGAGCAAAUUAAUUCCCGGCUAUCACAAAGCAGUAUGGCCAUACAGAAAGAACAAAACUCUGAUGUUUGCACACAUGCUGAUUGAAAAGGGGCUCACAUGGUACACGGAAUUGCUACGAUUGUCCCUCACGGAGUCUCGCGAUCUAAAAAUUAAUCCUAGAAAUUGCAUUGGCACUGUUAUUGCAUUGAAUGGGCAUCGAAAGUAUUUUUGCAUGUAUCACGCAAAACAUCCGGAAACCAAUCGUGGGGCAAAGAGAAUGCUCAAAAUGACGCGGCAGCUGAGCAACAACUACAGAGAUCCCGAAGCUGGUUCCUUCUUGGCCAUGGACAGUGAAUCAGAUAGCUCAGUGAGUACAGAAUCAGAACCGCGUAUUCUUCUCGAGGAGAAUCUCCUCGAUGGGUUGAGUAAUUGGCUCGAUAGGCUCUUUGAGGGUACAACCCAUAGAUACUAUAUUAACUAUUGGCCAGAUUUCCCAACAAAAUAGUGGCAUUAAAACGUUUUAAGAGUAAAAAUUAGCUGAAUUUUGACGAUAAAAAUGGUUUUUCAACAUACAAGAAAACAAAAAAAAUCUAUAAUAUACACAGAGAUAGCACCAAAACUUUCAUGAAAGGAAUAAUAAUAAAAAAAAAGAUUCUAAUUAUUAUAAAUUUAAAUUAUUCACAAAAUUAGUGAUAAUGCGCCCAGAAAAAUCAUCGUAUUUGGCAGAAAAAAAAGAACAAAUAAUAAAUAAUUAAUUAUUGAAAAAAAAACAAUACCUUAUACCAAAUAAUAAAUUCUAGUCACAAUUUUUAUAAAAAAAAACAAACAAAAAUGACAUCAUUUCGCUGGAUAUAAAAAAUAAUAGUUAAUAAAAGGAAAAAAUGCUGUUUUCUUAAAUACCAAUUUAAGAUUUUUCAAUGAAAUGCUCUUACACGAUACCAUAGUUGUUUAUUGGCAUUCGAUUUGCAAAAAAAAGAGUAGAUUUGUACUAAAGAAAAAAAAAUGUGUGAAAAAACCCCUCGAGAGAGUUUUUAAAUUAAUAUUGUUCCCGUUAGUGGCAUUUUUUUUCUCUAAGGAUUGUUAGGAAAGGUUUUAUAUUCUUUUCUGUUUAAUGUGUUAUUAGUUAAAUAAAUAAGAUUGAUUCUAUUUUGCAGUUUUCCCCGAAUUUUUAAAUAAAAUCAAUAAUGUAUUCCUAAUUUUAAAGUGCCAAGUGUUUUUGCAAUCAUCAUGUUCAUUGAAAUCGUUACCAAUUUUACCUACAUUUAAUGAUUUAAUUUAUUUAAUGAAGAAACAAAUUAAAUGUAAUAAAUAAGGAAAUGCUCGAUAAAAAUAAAUUUAAAAAAAUGUUGUAUGAAGGAGAAAAUAAAGAAAAAAAUCACACUCGUAGAGGAAAAAUUCAUAUUAUUGGAAUAAUGAUAAAUAUGAAGAAUUAUUCAAUAAAAAUGAAUAUUAAAUGAAAA